CCGACCUAUGUUGUUGUUGUUGUUGUUGUUGUUGUUGUUACCACUGUUCUCCUGUCUCUCAGGGUCCUGUUAGGGUCACGGUGUUGGUUCACGGCUGCAAAACUGAAGAGUCACGGAUUCCUUUUCUUCUUUUCUUCCCUCAGUCACUUUUACUUUACAUGGUAGCAUGGCUAGCUUAGCCUAGCCUGAGAGAAGACUCUCAAAGACAAAUCGCUUCAACUGCAACAGACACACCUCCUCUUCUUCCUCCUCUUCCUCCUCCUCUCAAAGGUCAUUCCAGGUUGCUGAUAUCACACAGGGAUAUAAAAGGCAGCGUGAGCUCCGAGCUGGAGACCAGAAGCCAACGACUCUCCGUGGUUGUGGACCUACGACGACUACCCUCACGCCCCCCCCAGGACAGAAUGCUGUUCUGCCACUCACAGCCUGAGCCCUACCACCAGCACCCUGCUGCGUACAUUAGGUAAGGAGGACUUGUGGAAUAUGGUCGGGGGGGUGAAGCAGGGAGUGAGAGAUGCUGUUGCUCCUUUUCUGACCGAUGAAGACGUGGCUGAGACAGCGGACGGUGCAGAGGGGACUUCCUUCCGGUACGUUCUGUGUGCGGCCACCUCCCCAGCCGUCAAACGUCAGGAGGAGACGCUGACUUACCUCAACCAAGGUCAGUCCUACGAAAUCCGUUUGCUUAGCAGAAAACUAGCGGAGUAUACAGAUAUAAGCAGCAAAUAUGUGAAGAGUAUUGUUCGUGUGGUAUUCCACGACCGUCGCUUGCAGUACAUGGAGUACCAGCAGCUGGAGAGGUGGAGGUGGAACCGACCCGGAGACAGAAUCCUGGACAUUGAUAUUCCUCUGUCCGUGGGAAUUCUAGAGCCGCGUUCUCACGCUCUGCAGCUCCACACCGUGGAGUUCCUCUGGGAUCCUGUGAAGAACGCUUCUGUUUUCAUUCAGGUGAACUGCAUCAGCACAGAGUUCACCCCCAGAAAGCACGGCGGGGAAAAGGGCGUGCCGUUCCGUAUCCAGGUGGACACGUUCACCUCCAACGAACACGGAGAAUACCUGGACCACGCCCAUUCCUCCAGCUGCCAGAUUAAAGUCUUUAAGCCUAAAGGAGCAGACCGUAAACUGAAGACUGACAGAGAGAAGAUUGAUAAAAAAAGUUUUCAGGAAAGAGAAAAGUAUCAAACAUCCCACGAGACGACUGUGCUGAGAGAGUGUUCACCGUGGCCUGAUGUGAUGAACCUCAGCAGCCACAGCGCCCCCAACAGUCUGUCACCCUCCUACCAGGACUCUCCAUCAUCCUGCACUUUUACUAACGGCGACUGUUCUCCGCACCAGCAGGGGGAGCUCCUCCUGGCCGACUGCUCCGACCAUCUGCUGCCAUCGUGUUCUCCGCAGAACACUCAGGAGUGGCUGCUCCGUCACAGGUUCUCCUCUUUCUCCAGGCUCUUCUCCAGCUUCUCAGGUGCCGACCUGUUGAGGAUGAGCAGAGAGGAUCUGAUCCAGAUCUGCGGUCCAGCCGACGGCAUCCGUCUUUUCAACACCAUGAAAGGAAGGUGUGUCCAGCCUCGACUGACCAUCUAUGUGUGUCAACAACAGGCCAGGAGUCAAACUGCUGCCCGACCAGCAGAUGGCGACAUUUAUCACGCUCUGUUCCUGGAGGAGGUGACGGCGCUGGAGCUGUGCGAGAAGAUCGCCACGCUCUACAACAUCACGCCACAGCAGAUCACCAACAUCUACAGACAGAAGGACGACGGCAUCCACAUCCUGGUCUCUGAUCAGAUGGUCCAGAACUUCAGGGAGGAAAUGAGAGGAGGGAUGACAUACGCGAUGGCCUACAGGUGGUGCUAA